GAGAGAGAGAGACAGAGAGACAGAGAGAGAGAGAGAGAGAGAGAGAGAGAGAGAGAGUGAAGCAAACCAGGAUGAACAGUCCCUAUUCUGUGAGUUUUGUCGCAGUGGAAUAGACGUUCACUUUUAUUGUCAAUGCUUGCACUGCUCACCAUUGUAUGGGAUUAUAAACGAUCUAUUUUAGAUUUGUAAACUUGCAGCAAGAUGUCAAAAGGCGUCUGGAGGAAACGCGCCCUCUCCACGGCUGGAGGAGCCUUGUUCACCUGCCUCGUGAUGAUGUUUCUUCUCGUCGCCGUUAUCAAACACCGGGGGACUCUCGUGGAGGAAGGUUCCACCGGGAGAGAGUUCGGGACUCGCUCCCUGCAAAGUUUAAACAGCAUGAAUAAUAAUGACAAACCCGUUAACCAAGCUCCAGCCGAGGAUCGGGUCGGGGACAAAUGUCAGGCGGCCCAGGUCAAGGGUUUUUCGGCGUACUUCAGUGAGUUGAGCCGGGGGAAACGGGCGGUGGAGCACAGAGCGGUGAAGGCUAGUGAUCCUACACCGGUGGAGGAGCUCAGUCCGGUGGAUGUGUUCAUAGCGGUGAAAACCACCAAGAAAUACCACCACACCAGGCUGGAUCUACUGCUGGACACAUGGAUCUCUAGAAACAUGCUGCAGACGUACAUAUUCACCGACGGAGAGGAUGACAGGCUGAGGAAGAGGAUGGGGAGUCACAUGAUCAAUACUAACUGUUCAGCGGCCCACAGUCGCCAGGCUCUGUCCUGUAAAAUGGCCGUCGAAUACGACACCUUCAUCAGCUCUGGCAAGAAGUGGUUCUGCCACGUGGAUGAUGAUAACUACGUGAACAUACGUCCCCUUGUGAAGCUCCUGUCUCACUACAGCCAUGCCCACGACGUCUACAUUGGCCGGCCUAGCCUCGACCGACCGCUAGAAGCCACCGAGAGGUUUGGCGACUCCCACACGCGUCCAGUGCGUUUCUGGUUUGCCACAGGAGGGGCAGGGUUCUGUGUUAGUCGAGGUCUCGCCCUCAAGAUGAGCCCCUGGGCCAGUGGAGGUAAUUUCAUGACAACAGCUGAUCGUAUUCGUCUCCCUGACGACUGUACCGUUGGUUACAUCAUCGAGGCGUUGCUUGGGGUGGGUCUUAUCCGCUCCCCACUGUUCCACUCUCACCUGGAGAACCUUCAGCUGGUGUCACCGACACAGAUACACCACCAGGUGACUCUGAGUUAUGGAACGUUUGAUAGUAAGAGAAACAUAAUCAACGUAAGAGGAGCUCUCUCAUUGGACGAAGACCCUACCAGGUUCAGGUCUGUCCAUUGUGUCGUAUACCCAGACACUCCGUGGUGUUCAGCCCUGACCUGGUACUGAGGUACUGACCCCACCAGUCCAGAGACACGGAAAGAGGGGAGAAGACGAGAGAUGGAUUAAAGACACGGAGGGAGCGGUGGACAGAGGAGAGAAGUGGAGAAGAGGGACUAAAAAUAUUGAUGAAUGGAUAGACAGAGGAGAGGACAGGAGAGACCGAGCCAUUAACCUCCCUCUGUAUGGAUUCAGAAUGAGACCCUAUUGUCAUGAUACGGUGCCUUCUGACCAUAGAACGGCUUUCUCGAGCUCUCAUGUCCUACUUGGUGUCAUAGGGGUGGAGUCGGAUCGUUUUGGGGUUCCUAGGGCCUCUGGGGCACCUCGUGGGACGACACUGAAUCUCUCCGUCACCGGAUCCUCACGCCCUCUAACCCUUGACCUCUAACCCCUAGUCCCUCCCAGAGAGGCCUGGUGGGGAGAAGAGAUGAUCGCGGUGUUGUUGUGAAGUUGCUGAUUGCAGAUGGCUCUGUGAUGGACAACGUUGCAGCUCUAACAGAGGGGGACUGUUUUAAGGCGCGAUGUUGUUGUGAAGUUGCUGAUUGCAGAUGGCUCUGUGAUGGACAACGUUGCAGCUCUAACAGAGGGGGACUGUUUUAAGCCACGGUGCUGUUGUGUCACUGCACUCCGCUUUGUAGCCUGAGCGCCAGUCUUCUUUGUGCUAUCAUCAACUCCUUGUCACGUUUGGCUCGUCCAUGACAGCAAUGUAGUUGGCAUGGUAGCACAAACAUGUCUGGGACCAGGCUAUCUAUUUUGUGAGUAGAAGUUGUAAUCUCCCCCCCCCUUGGUUGCUAAGGAGAAUGGUUCUAUACCCUCUUUGGUGUUCAACAUUCCUCUUCCUGUAUCUUGGAGACUGAAGGAUAAACUAAUUGUGUACAGUUUUUUUUUUCUCAAUAUUCUUCCCAAUAUUAACGUUUAUUGUGGAUUUUAAAAAAAGUACUGUCAACAGACUCUGGAUCUCUACCAGACCAGUGAAGUGGUGUUUUACUGCUCAUUGUUAACAGUUGAUUACUUUUAAGUAUUAUCUUGUUAUUCCAUCCGACAGCUGUCAAUCAGACAACCGUUAUAAUGACUUGGAGUUGGAUGGUGACUAAGCACUUUGCUGGGAGUUAUGAAGCACCAGGGACUGUAUACAUAAAGCAGGUCUCAGAAUAGGGCUGCUGGCCUAGGAUCAGGUGCCCUCUCUUAUUCAUUAUAAUCUAAAAGGCCAAACUGAUCCUAAAUCAGCACUCUUACUCUGAGAUUCUUUAUGAAUAUGGUUCCAGAAAUCACACUGGGGGGCCAAAAGACUUUCAACCCUAACAUCAUACUGUAUUGAAGACAGACUAUGCGUUUUGUUAUCAUGAAGAUGUAUAUCGCUGUACAUUUGUAAUCAGAAGAAUUUAGAAGGAGUAGAACAGGCCUCCGCAUUCAUGUGAUAACGGGCAGACAGGCAGCCGUUCCAGUUCUAUGUUUAGUAGUAGUACCAUGGAGCAUGUUGGGAGGGAUCAGAGAGGUGGAAAUAGAAUGACUAGAACACUCUUGGAACCUUUAACCCUGGUCAUUUGACUCCUGGGUACUCUCACAUUGGCUGCCAGUCCACCCAUUAUGCCAUCAUAAUGGGGAGACCUGUUCUAUGGAUUGUUUCUCUAUGAGCGGAACACGUACAUGUUCUUAAUAAGUGUUCUGAUGACUUCUCUCUCUCUGUGAGUUAUUAAUUGACCCAUAAUGGGUUUCUGAUUGGAGAUUCUUUAUGAGAAGCGUUCUUCCUCAACUGGGCCUUUUAUAGAUAGAAACCUGUUCUGUUUUGACCACUAGGUGAACAUCAUCUGCUUUAGUAAUGUUUUUAUGUUAUUCUUUUGAUCAGGAUAGUUUCUGAUUGGAUUUUACUGCAUUGUUGUCGUUGUUGUUGUCUUUGUUGUCAUCGUUGUUGUUGUUGUCGUCGUUGUUGGAUGUAUUCUCCAGUAUGUGGACUAUAGAAAGACGGUAGUAUCUCCAGGGAACGCUGAAUAUUUUGCCUUAUGUCUCGCCACAGUGGUUGCUAUUCUCUGCUUUUUUAAUAAAGCCUUAUAAUGCCUUA